AUGGUCAAGGUCAAGGUCAAGGUCAAUCCAGACGACCCGAGAAAGCCGUCUAGGAAAGAAACUGCUUCACCACGAUUGGGUGAUAGUGACGAGGGUGUGUCUCGACCAGAACCGGCGGGUGACGAUAUUUCAUCUCAAGUCAAUGAUUAUAGUCAACAUAGACAAAGACGAGGAUCAGAUCCAGUGACAGAGCCAGACUCAGAGUCAAAAUCAGACCACAGAGAUGCACAAGAUGUUGAUAUCGAGAUCACUCUAGUGUCACAUCCGCUUGCUCCAGCUUCCCCGGCCUCAGAAACUCUCCCGGCUCUGCGCAGAUGGCUGAGUCAAAUUCUCGACGAUGCAGCUGCCCAAGGAGACGCGGUGACAUUGAUGGGCGAUAGUAGUGGCGGCAAUCUCGCGCCGAGUCUGGGGUUUUGGGCCGUUGAGAAUUACCACGCCACGACUUCCACGGACAACAAUCCGGACAGGGUUCGCACACACCAAGCGGAACAGACAGAUCAGGAUGUCAACUUUCCAUUGGCUUCACUGAUCUGCAUAUCUCCUCCGGUGGACAUGCGAAAUAUAAACCCUUGCAUUUCCGAAUCCAAUAAACACGAUCCCGUCCUGACCAUGGAGUUGACCUCGCGGGUUGCCCGGGACUGGACGGCAGAUACCACCCCUUCUUCUCCGUCGACGAAGGCAUCGUCAGUCUCAGCUGCGCCUCGCAUGUUUGUGCCGUUCUCUGCCGAGGACCCUAGCACUUCGCCGUUGUUGAUACCAGUUUCGGCCUUCCAUAUGUUGAAGCAGAGAGGCGUGGCUAGUCAUGGUGUGAUAGGCACACAUGAUGUGCUCGCUCCAGAUGCGUUGGAGUUCAUGCGACGCUGCGAAAGUCUUGAGGUCGUGGGCCGGUGGCUGGUGUGGGAGGGACAUAUGCAUUGUUUCCCACUCGCGUGUGGAUGGAGGAGGCUUGGAUUGAGACAAGGACGAGAGGGCAGGGGCUUUGUAGUAAGCCUGCUCAAGGACGACGCGGCAGGCUGCUGA